ACGACAUAUCAAAUUUCUGUUUUCUCAGUUCUCAUCAAUUUCUCAUAGUUCAGUGCGAAUGUGCAUGCACUUCUGUUUAUCAUCUUCCCGCGCCUUCUCUAAACCAAAUUGAAACUAUGAAACAGUAAAUUAGUAUUUUCAAAAUCUUUAAAAUACUUUUCUAUAUUCCCCUUUGAUUUUUAAUCUCAAUAUUAAUGAUAAUCCUCUCAGCAAGCAAAAUCUUGAAAUUUUCAACCAAAACUCAGCGUCUUUACACUUCUUCAACUCCUAAUUUCAUUGACUUAUUUCAGCUUUCAAUUGAAUCUCAAUCUCUCAAAUAUACCAAACAAUUACACUCCCAAAUUAUUCAACUUGGACUUGACCAAAAUUCUGUUAUAGCAACUAAACUCAUCUCCUCAUACUUUGCAUGCCAAAACCCAGUUGACUCUCAGCUUGUUUUUGACACUUUUGAACACAAAAGUUUAUAUCUUUGGAACAUUUUGAUUAAUGGGUAUGCUAAAAAUAAGUUCUUUGGACAAAGUAUUAAGCUUUUCAAUCAAAUGUGUAGAAGUGAAGUCACUCCUGAUGAGUUUACCAUUUCGGGUAUAGUGAAAAUUUUGGGUGAAUUAGGGGAUAUUGUUUCUGCGAAAAUUGUUCAUGGGAAGUGUGUGAGAAAUGGGGUUGUUUUAGAUACUGUUGUUGCUAAUUCUUUCAUGUCUUUGUACAGCAAAUGUGGGGUUUUUCAAGAUUGUUUGAAGGUGUUUGAUGAAAUGCCGCAGAGGAAUAUUUCGUCAUUUAAUGUUGUAAUUUCAGGAUAUACGGGUGAAAAUGAGAGAGUUUUCGAUGAUAAGUUAUGGGAUUUUGUGAAGGAUAUGCAGAUUGAAGGUUGGAAAUUUGAUGCAUUUACGGUUUCAACACUUCUUUCUUUGUGUGGAGAGGUGAAGAAGUACUGGCACUAUGGGAAAGAGCUGCAUUGCUAUAUUGUGAAGAGUGGAUUGGAUUCAGAUUUCGUUGUUUGUUCUGAUGUUCACUUAGGAUGUUGUUUGAUUGAUAUGUAUUCGAAAAGUUUCAGGGUUGAAUUGGCGAGGCGGAUUUUUGAUAGGUUGAAGCAUAGAAAUGUUUUUGCUUGGACAGCAAUGAUCAAUGGCUAUGUGCUGAAUGGGAAUUUUGAUGAAGCUUUGGUACUCUUUAAAGACAUGCAAGUGGAAGGAGUAGAACCCAAUAAGGUUUCGCUUAUUAGUAUCCUACCUGCUUGUUGUUCAUUUGAUCGUUCGAAAGGUGGAAAACAGAUUCAUGCAUUUUCAACUAGGAGAGGAUUGAAUCAUGAAGUGUCUUUGUGUAAUGCUUUAAUCGAUAUGUAUUCUAAGUCCGGAUCUUUGAGUUGUGCACGACGAGUGUUUGAAUAUCAUUGUGUUACUAAGGAUACAAUAUCGUGGAGUUCAAUGAUUUCUGCGUACUCCUCACAUGGGAAUGGUCGGGGUGCUAUCAUUUUGUAUGAGAAAAUGCUUCAAAAUGGGAUCAAAUCUGAUAUGAUUACAGUUGUUGGAGUUCUCUCUGCUUGUGCUAGGUCAGGAUUGGUCGAUGAGGGCAUCCGGAUAUAUGAUUCUGCUCUAAAUGAUUAUGAUUUAGAACCAACUUUGGAGAUGUGUGCAUGUAUCGUGGAUAUGUUGGGUAAAGCAGGCCAGUUCGAUAGAGCAUUGGAUUUCAUCAAAUCUAUGCCUGUGAAACCAGGUCCUAGUAUAUGGGGUGCACUUGUGAAUGCCUCUGCAAUUCAUGGAAAUAGUGAGGUGCAAAAUUUAGCAUACAGGUUUCUUAUUCAGAUGGAACCUGAGAACCCCUCAAAUUAUGUGUCCCUUUCAAAUUUAUAUGCUUCUUCACAUAGAUGGGAUGUUGUUGCUCGGGUAAGAACAAUGAUGAAAGACAAAGGGCUGAAGAAGUUUCCUGGUUGUAGUUGGAUUAGCAUUAACACUGAAACGCAUAGCUUCCACGUUGCUGACAAGUCUCAUCCUUGUUCUGUUGUGAUUUAUGAGAUGCUAGAUCAGCUCAUCUUAGCGAUGAAGCGAGAUGAUUCUUGCAUUGGCUUUGAAGAUACUGUGAAGGUGCAUGAAUGAUCAGAAUUGAUUAAGUUACUACAGUUAACAAGCAAGUGGAAUAGGUGAUUUAUGCCUUUUACAUAUUAUAGAUGGAUCAUGACGUAAACCUCUUUCAACCACUUUGACAAGAAAGUUCAUCUGAAUAUCCGGGCAACAAUUGAAAUAAUAUCCACUUCUUUAUAUCGUGGAAGAACCUACUUUGUUGGGGUUUGCUUCAACCGACGAACAUCGAUAGCUUUUAAUCUCUGUCACAAGGAAGAUUGUUGUCUGAAAUUCCAAUUAGGGUAAUCUAUGGCUUCAAAAUAUUUUAACCUAAGGUGGAAAAUUGGAGGGGUGAUGGUGAGUGAGGUGGGGCAUGUUUAUAUUGGGGGUAGGACAGAACAUGUUUUCAAUGUUGAUGAGGAUCAUUUGUCAAUUCCUGAACCGGUAGAUUAUGCUAGGAGAUUUGAAAUUACUAAGUUAGGAAAGACCUUUGUGGUUCCAUCUAAGGGGGUAAUUUGGUUGAAUUGAAAAAUGAUAGGUAGAUAUAUGGCCUUUCACUAUUGUUGUAUGAUGGGGACAAAAUAGACAUUUAUGUGGGUGGAGACAAAAUUAUAGAGGAAGGGGGUCCUACUGGUUUGUUUGGUAGUCAAAUAAUAAGUAUAGAUGCCAAUUUAAGUAUAGUGGGUGAGCCUUUUAAUGCAUUUGUCAGGAUUGAAAGAGGCAGCAGGGAAUCUAAUUGUCUUCUUGCUCCAUCUACUGUUGCUUUAAAUGUUGGGGUGGGUGAACAAGAUGUAGAUGUGAAUGCAUAUGGGUAUUCUUCAAUAUACUGGACAGAUACAUGUGAAGAAGAAGCUGCACAAGACCUGGCUAUUGUAGAGCACACUGCACAAUACCUAGCUAUUGUACAACAAUCUGCAGGUAGUGAAGAAGAAUCCGAAGAUGAUAUUGCAGGAAAUGAUGGUGAUGGUGCUGAAUCUGACCAGUCUAUAGAUUAUGGAAGUGACGUGCAUGAGGAGUUAAGGAUUCUGAAGCAAGAUGUGAAGCAAUUCAAGAAACAAAUAGGAGGGGCAAAAAAAGUAAGAAGGGAAAAGGUGGUGGUUAUCUAGCACAUGUGUGGUUAAGUUGAUAGAUACAGAAGAUGGGAAGAAACAGUUCAACUCUUUCUACAUUUGCUUUGAUGCUAUGAAAAGGGGAUUCUAGCAGGGUUAUAGAAAAUGUAUAGGUCUGGAUGGGUGCUUUCUUAAGGGAAUUUGCAAGGGUCAGCUCCUAGUAGAUGUUGCCAAAGAUGGAAACAACCAAAUGUUUCCAGUGGUGUGGGCAGUAGUUACCCAGGAAAAAAAGAGACACGGAGAUAGUUCCUUAAGAUUUUGCAAGAAGACAUUCACUUGGGAGAUGAUUCACAGAUCACUAUCAUUAGUGACAUGCAAAAGGUAAGUCUUUAUCUAUUGUAGUUUUAUAUUGAAUGUGCAUUUUAUUACUAUUAUUAUGUUUCUAACUACAUGUUCUUUGUUCUUGAAUGACAGAGAUUGAUAUAGUUUGCUGGUAAAAUAUUAACUUUUAAGUUAUUUAUGCCCCUGGUAAUUCAUAUAGCUCACUAAUUGUAGUUAUGUUUUAUGUACUAGUUUGCUGAAUCACACUAAUCCUCAACUGUUAAUCCAAAGAAGAGAAAUAAAAGUGAUUAUGGUGCAAGCAGUAAAGGUAAAGAGGCCAUAAAUGGUUACAAGAAACCAAGGGUUGUGGGACAUGGUGUAUUUGUUUCGCAAAGUGGAUAUACUAGUAUUAAUCAAGGGUCGCCUAGCAGCAGAACAAGUAAAACUCCAUCUGUUGCUGUGAUCAAUUCAGCACAUGUGACUGGUAACAUUGGUCACCAACCAACCAAAGGGCUUAAAUGGAAAGGCAAGAUAACUAUAACUCAAAGACAACUCCAAGUCCAAAGUGCACAACAUCGCAUCACUACUAGAUCAAGGGUAGCUAGAAUUCAAACAAGGGCAGAAGUCAAGGGAAAAUCUCCCUCCAAGAUCCCAUCUUAAAUAUGUUUUUGUUGGCAGUCUUAACUUUUGUUGUGGUAUCUUUGAAACUGGUAUUGUGUUAUUGGCAGUUGUAUCUUUUGAAACUGCUAUUGUGUUGGCAAUCAUAUCUUUUGAAACUGGUAUUGUGUUUUGGAAUGUAUUUAAAGCAGCAGUUGAAACUGGUACUCACUAUAUUGUUGCUCUUUGAAUGCUGAUGAAGAACAUUUAACAGUUAA